CUUGGCUGUGAUCUCCACGAGGUCAGAAACCAUGUCUAUCUACCUCAUUCAUUGCCUUACACCCCAGUCCUAGCUGAGUCUGAUACAGGAUGGCGCUUGAUAAAUGAGGUGUGAAUGAACAUAAAGUAAUCCAUCUGGUCUCUUUACCACACAUACUUAACCACGAAUAACCCUCGAAGCCGCCUGCUUGGCUGCCAUUGCCUAGUUCCUUCCGCAGAUCUUCUCCAGGAAUUUCCUUUCUUCGAAAGCCGGCCCGUGGGCCGAGGAUGGAUCCCAUUAACGUGGUGCCAUGUUUGCCUCAGGCAAAGUGGUCCCCAGGGCCAGGAGACCAAGGCUGGCAUGCGAUGUUGUGUCAGGUGCUCAAGGAAUCCCAGAAGUGUACCAGACGAGACUGUGCACGCUUUUCCACGUAUUAAUUCAUCUGACCUCAGAACAACAACCUGCAAGGUGGGCACUCACAUGCCCUCAUUUUGCAGAUGAGGAUACUGAGGCCCAGAGUGGUGAGGUCCCGUACCCAGGCUGGAAGAGUCUGCUGAAGGUGAGGGUCAUGGAUUUUAUCACCUCUACGGCCAUCCUGCCCCUGCUCUUUGGCUGUGUGGGAAUCUUCAGCCUCUUCAAGCUGCUGCAGCGGAUGCGAAUGAAGGCCUACCUCCGGAACGCUGUGGUGGUCAUUACAGGCGCUACCUCAGGCCUGGGGCGAGAAUGCGCCAAAGUCUUCUACACUGCAGGUGCCAGGCUGGUGCUCUGUGGCCGGAACCGGGAGGCCCUGGAAGAGCUCACCAAAGAACUUGCUGCCUCUCUGGCCACCAAGGUGCAGACACACAAGCCUUACACGGUGGCCUUUGACCUUGCGGACCCUGGGGCCAUAGUUGCAGCAACAGCUGAGAUCCUGCAGUGCUUCGGCUACGUGGAUGUGCUCAUCAACAAUGCUGGCAUCAGCUACCGAGGCGCCAUUGUGGACACUACCCCAGACGUGGAUAAGAAAGUCAUGGAGACAAACUACUUUGGCCCAGUUGCUCUAACGAAAGCACUCCUGCCCUCCAUGAUCAAAAGGCGACAAGGCCAUAUUGUUGCGAUCAGCAGCAUCCAGGGCAAAAUCAGCAUUCCUUUCCGAUCAGCAUAUGCGGCCUCCAAACAUGCAACCCAGGCAUUCUUUGACUGUCUUCGUGCCGAGAUGGAACAGUAUGAGAUCGAGGUGACUGUCAUCAGCCCCGGCUACAUCCACACCAACCUCUCUGUAAAUGCUGUCACUGCUGAUGGGUCCAAAUACGGAGUUAUGGACAAGACCACAGCCCAAGGCCGAAGCCCCGUGGAGGUGGCCCGAGAUGUUCUGGCUGCGGUGGGAAAGAAAAAGAAAGAUGUGAUCCUGGCCGACCUCCUGCCUUCCUUGGCCAUUUAUCUGCGAACUCUGGCUCCUGGGCUCUUCUUCCGCCUCAUGGCCUCCAGGGCCAGAAAGGAGCGGAAAUCCAAGAACUCCUAGUCGCACGUCUGAGCUGGGAGAGGGAAGCAGCACCUGCCUGGGUACAGGUGCUGGACAAGGGACAGCUGUGUUUGUUGAGACUUUACUGGAUGUUUGUCUUACGAGUGGGAAAGAUGGAACAUACAUACGCUUGUCCUGAACUGAAGAUCCCUGGCUAGGCCUCUGCUAAUAGAAUGAAAACCAAAAAGGCAACAACCUUCUUCCCAGGGAUGAGGGGUAAACCUUACGGAACAAAUGUGGAGCUCAGUUUAAAGUAAGGACCUGAAAUAAAUGAAUGAGCAGUCAGAGGUGUAGUCCUCAAGGGAUGGAAGAACUAUGUCUCCUUUGAAUUCCAGCCUCCGCCAGCUCCUAGAAAGUGUUUCAGCCUUGAAAACAGAAGACAUCCUGACGUCACCUGACCCAGUUCUCAUAUUUGACUUACCUGGACCACGUGCCUAAUUGUUUUGGCAGAGGCACCUGCAGCACUCAAGGGAGAAGGCUGUCGUAAGAAGCCAUCAUCCAUAUCCAUUUUCAGGGCUCUACAGUCCAUCAUCCAACAUGACCAAUGGGCUAAUACGCCUUCUGUCUUCCAGCAUAACCCAAGUGAUGCCGGCUUUAGUUCCUAAAAGGAAUUCCCUGUUUCCCCUGUAAACUCUCACCUCAAGCCCCGUAGACCAGGCCCCACUCCAAGCAGAAGACGAAUUUAUUAAGGAAACAGGGAAAAGGGAGAGGAAAACCCCACGUGGUCCCGUGUAUCCUCUAGGAAAGAAGACUCAAAAGCCUGGUCAGGUGGGGAGGGAUUCUAAAGCGGCAUCUGGUCCCUGGUGAGAGCAGUCAUUUGCUAGCUGUGCCUGUUGGAUGCCUGCUUCCACCUUUUUGAUUUCUUAAAAAUACAUGCUUGAGGUUCAAUGAGUGAAUCAACUUCAUAUUGAAAGUUUAGGAUGAAACUUUUCCUAUUAUUGAGGCUGAAAGUGGAAAUUGUGGGUGCAUUGUAUGACUUUCCCAACUUGGAAUAAAAAUCUUGCAUAUCAUACCGGCA